CUUUUUUUUUUUUACGCUGAGGUUGAUCCCCUACCUGGUGCCUUCCAUAUCCCCGAUUCGGCUUGCUGAUUGCUAUCUCCUACUUGAACGAUACCUACGGAACAGCCCUACUGAGCUUAUCUUGAACCUCACCUGGUGCAUGGCCUCAGGAUAGCCGUACAGGACAAUCAAUACAUUAUUGAGUCAAAAAAAAAAAAAAAAAAAAAAAACCUUGCGGUUAAAUUUGGUCCUUUAUAUCUUUUUUCCUCCAUUGCAUCCGAAGAGUGAACCUGCGCGCAGGGUUGCCUCUCCAUCCUCGAUUGAUGCAACUUCUUCCAGUUCUAGUUCUAGUUGACGGCGCGCAAGGUGGAAUAGUACUCCUUUGGCGACGAUUUAGUUGACCGCAUUCAUCUUGUGUGACACUAGUUGAAAAUACCGCUGCGCUCACAAGGGACUGCAAGAGAAUAAUAAAGAUAACCCUCCACUGCGCGCUGGAAACUAGGUGGUGGAACUUGAAGGCUUUAUACCAAGGGGCCGUACCUAUCAGUUGUAGCUGGACUACUACUAUUACUACUACUACUGCUACAGUCGCUUGCAAUGACUGCCGUCACAUCCGCCUCAAUGAUCAACGACCACGAAUCAGAAGGUUCUAGAACAGACCACAGUCCCUCUCGAUUUACAGCCGUGAAUGGGAAGGACUCCGUGAUAUCUGCGACAUCGACAUCUGUCCCCGCUGUCCCUGGUGCGGCAACGGAAGACUCACGAGAAUCCUCUGAGCAUUGUGGAAAGAGCGGUCACGAUGAUACAAUACAUCGGCACGAGGAACGAAUGCGGGAGGGCGGAAGCAUCAAGAACGACCAAGACGAUCGACGGUCACAACGAUCGUCCUCACAUGGUGCAGUGUCGGUUACAAGCAAAAGCAAACGAAAGAGGUCAGGAUCUGGUGAGCAUGUAGACGAAGCUCAUUCCACUCCCAGAGCUCCGAAAAGCCCAGCCUCUUACCUGGACGACACCACAAAUCCAAAUGCGCGCCCAUGUACAUCUAACGGAAGCACGACGUCCCAGGCUGACCAGGACUUUAAGAACACGUCCCCCUUAGUGCAUGCAAGGCCAGAGGGGAGCGAUGACUCACGAACCUCAGCAAAUACUACUUGGCAUGAGUAUGAUGCCCAGUUGGUCAGCCAAGCACAACGUGCACAACAGAUCGAUGCAUCAGAUGCUCAAUUAGCAGAGGCACUCCAACGUGAGGCUCAGGGGCAUGAUGUAACUCAGAAGAACUGGACUACGGUUAGUCGUUCACUGGAGGGUACCACACAGAAUGAGCAGUCUUCAUCAGCGUUGGCUGGGUUUGCUCAGGAGCGGCCGCAACCUGCUGUACAAGUUGCGCCAAAGAGAAAACGCGUUUUCAGCAACAGGACCAAAACUGGGUGUAUGACAUGCCGAAGAAGAAAGAAAAAAUGUGACGAACAACACCCUGCAUGUAAUAAUUGCAUCAGAGGUGGUUUUCUCUGCGAGGGCUACUCCUCACGGAGUACAUGGCAGAAGCCGUCAAGUGGCAAAACACCAGUUCCUUUACAAUCAAAGGAUGGCUAUACGGACGUUGGCAGUCAAUACGUACAUGAAAUUAGCCAACAACAUGAUCGACAACAAAGUUUGACUGAACAACUCGAGGCAGGGAAGAUGCGGUCAAUUAUUGUAGACGAUAGCGACCGUACCACCACACAGUUCAACAACUCAAGCCCAACAGGCGUUGGUUCCAGCCGUGGGUCAUGGUCCAAACGGUCCUGGCCGAAUACAGGCCACACUGCUUAUAUCACUGACCAUAUUACAAAGUCUGAUUACCGAGAUGUACCAUCUAUCCAUGAGCUACCCCGCGAGGGUCACCCGAAGACAGAUUAUCAAAUUGUGCCACCAAUUCGGGAGCUGUCACAUGGUACCGCCCAUGGGAAACCAGGGGUCUCGCUUUUCCAAGGUGGAAUUGACCAGCGGCCAGCUCUUGCUACCAAUGUGGACACUAGCAGUCCACAGGCCCAAGCGCGAAUGGCCCUGAGCAUUGAACAUCAGUUGUCUGCGCGCACGGUUCCCGGUGAAGAGACAGAAAAGGAUAAAAUGAUACGCGGUGAACUUUAUCGGCCCUUCGAUAUUCAUCUUGUGGAAGAGAGAGAGCGCUGUAAAGCCGCGUUGUGGCGGUUCAACAAUGCCUGCAAUCCCGUUUCUGGUCUAAGCAAUAAAGAACAAAACCGCCUUCUGAAAGAAAUAUUAGUACCACCUGCUGCAGCAGUGGGCUCACCCUCAGGUGUCACCUCCCCUCGGCCGACGGGUUCCAUCGGGCAAGGUGCGGUUGUUGAAGCGCCCUUCCAGUGCCACUACGGAUAUAACGUUCAUAUUGGCGAGGACGUGAUGAUAUCUGAGAGCUGUUUAUUUGUGGAUGAUUGUCCUAUCACUAUCGGUGCCCACACGUGGAUUGGCCCCAGGGUAACUAUUCUCAGUUCAAUGGCCCAUGCAAAUAUGCAGGAACGUAAAGGGUCUCAAAGCCGUUAUCAAGGACGGCCCGUUACAAUUGAAGAGGAUUGCUACGUCGGCGCUGGCUGUACAAUUUAUCCUGGUGUUCGCCUUCGACGUGGAGCUUAUGUGGCACCGGGUGAAGUUGUCAAAUCUGACAUCGUAGCUUAUGGGUUUCAGGGUCUUAAACCUAGCUACAUGUGAGAAAUCCUUUAUCGCACCGCAUUCAUAUGGAGUCGCUUGUAUUUCGUGGUUUAUGCUAUUGUCAGGGGUUAUGGUUUUCGCAGCUGCAUGUGUUGAUCAUACACUCACCACUUAUCAUCGGCGUUUUGUAAAGUAUUCUUUUACAUCCAUUUGCUUGACCCAUCUUUUCAUUUUCAGGGCUUUUCAUUAACGUUUAUCUUCUUCUCAGACCAGAAUUCUGACCGGUUCAGGACAUAUGGUUCAUGCUACGAGAUUUCAUGUCACAAUUCCGGCCAUCUUAGUAUAUAAUUGAUGAUUCAUCCUGCUCAUCCAUCUACUCUUUUUACCCGCAUGUUUUGGAAGAAUUGGUAUACUUGUAUUUAUAUAAAGUGGCCACUUGACACCUUCAGCUGGUGCAUCUUUUGUGAGAACAAUUAAGCC